AGUGUUGAGACAUCACAUUAUAUUACACUCUUACACACACACACACACACACUACUUGGCUUCAAGGGUUUCGACCUUCUGUAAAUUCUCUUUCUCCGAUCUGCAAAUCCAAAUCAAUUCCUACAAACCAUUUCUCCUCAUACAAUAUCCUCUCAGAUUCAGAAAAUCCACAACGAUCUAAAACAAAUUCUCAAUUCAGAAAAUCAUUUUUCACUUUCUCCAAAAAAUCAGAAUCAAUACUUCAUAUUCAUCCAAAACUGUGGUGAUGUGAGAGCUGCUAUUUAAGAGCUCGUUUUGGUUCAUUUUUAGGGUUUGUUUGAAUGAUAAAGAAAGUUCUAGAAGAUCUAAGGAUUUGGAUUUGGAUUGAUUUCAUUGCUUAGUUAGAAAGUCACAAUGGAUGUUGAUUUAGUUGUUGAUAUAGCGAGUCUCGAUGCCGAAUUAUUGCAGCUUCCUGAAUUUUCACCUUUGGCUAUCAAAGAUAAUCCGUAUGCUCGGAGGCUUUUUGAUCAAUGGCUUUCGCUCCCCAUCACGACUUCUAAGGUGAAAUCUUUGCUUGAUAAUGCUAAGGCUGGUGGUCCCUUGAAUCUGACUGGAACUUCUUCUAGCACAAAUGUUGCUUCAAGCAGUUCUUUGCCGUCUAUGUUUCCAGCUGGAAGUACCCCUCCACUUUCACCGAGAAGCUCAUCUGGUUCACCGCGAACAACAAGACAUAGGGCAGGCCCCUCUAUAUUAGGUUCUCCUCUGAAAUUAGUGAACGAGCCUGUUAAAGAGCAAAUACCACAGCAGUUUUAUUUUCAAAAUGGCCGUCCACCUCCGAAUGAAUUGAAAAUUUAAACCAAUUACUAAGGAAAUAUGCAAGUUGCCGUCGUUCUUCUCAAGGGCUCUUUUUAGGAAGAUUGAUGUUGAUGGAACGGGCAUUAUAACAAGGGAUGCCUUUGUUGAUUAUUGGAUCAACGGAAACAUGUUGACAAAAGAUAUAGCAACCCAGAUUUACACAAUCUUGAAGCAGCCAGAUCUCAAACACCUGACGCAGGAUGAUUUCAAGCCUGUUCUUCAAGAGCUUUUGGCAACACAUCCCGGGUUAGAGUUCUUACGGAGCACGCCUGAAUUUCAAGAGCGAUAUGCUGAAACUGUAAUAUACAGAAUAUUUUUCUACGUGAAUAGAUUGGGUAAUGGUCAACUUACCCUCAGGGAGCUGAAGCGUUCAGACCUAAUUGCUGCAAUGCAACAUGCAGAUGAAGAAGAAGAUAUUAACAAGGUCCUUAGGUAUUUCUCUUACGAACACUUUUACGUGAUAUAUUGCAAGUUUUGGGAGCUCGAUACGGAUCAUGAUUUUCUGAUUGAUAAAGAGAACCUCAUUCGAUAUGGCAACCAUGCCCUUACAUACAGGAUUGUUGAUAGAAUAUUUUCUCAGGUUCCAAGGAAGUUUACAAGUAAAGUUGAAGGAAAGAUGGGUUAUGAAGACUUUGUUUACUUUAUAUUGUCGGAGGAGGAUAAAACGUCAGAGCCUGGUCUUGAAUACUGGUUCAAAUGCAUAGAUUUGGAUGGGAAUGGUGUUCUGACUAGGAAUGAAAUGCAAUUUUUUUAUGAGGAGCAGUUGCAUAGAAUGGAAUGCAUGGGCCAAGAGCCAGUGCUUUUUGAGGAUAUAUUGUGCCAGAUGGUUGACAUGAUUAGUCCAGAGGAUGAAAGUUAUUUUAUGUUACAUGACUUGAAGGGCAAUAAAUUAUCCGGCAGUGUUUUCAAUAUACUCCUUAACCUCAAUAAGUUCAUGGCAUUUGAAACUCGCGACCCAUUCCUAAUACGUCAGGAGCGCGAGAACCCGAAUUUGACUGAGUGGGAUCGCUUUGCACACAGGGAAUAUAUUAGACUCUCAAUGGAGGAAGAUGCAGAGGACGCCUCCAAUGGAAGUGCAGAUGUCUGGGAUGAAUCACUUGAGGCUCCUUUUUGAGUUUAGUUGGCAAGGUGGAAAGUUUCCAGGAAGGUGUCUGCCUCGAACUUUAUCUCAAGCUAAAUUUUGAGCUGCAAAAGUGAAUUUUGCACAGAAAAGAAUCAUGUGGGACAAGCUGCUCUCUGUGUUACACCAAGAUGUUCUCUUUGAGAUAGCCACAGAGGAAUUUUUGAUUGGUCUGCACAGAGCAUGCUCUCGAGAUGUUUCUGUCCAUGCUAGUCUGAAAGCUGCCAACAUGAAUUAUCAAGGGCUUGGCAAAUGGACGAUUGGUGAUUGACUGUCAAAUGUACCUUCCGGUAAUUCGGAACUUUCACAUUUGUUCUCUCUUUAGCUGUAAGAAAUCAAUGAUAUUAAUUAUUUGUUGUAGUUCCAAUUUUUAGCGGUUGCAGAUACCACAACCUUGUUUUCUAGAUGAGGUUUAGUGUAGCGAGUGUCAAUGCGCCAUGUUAUCUGCUUUUUGUUCCCUUUUUGUGGUCUGUGAAUCUUGGUAGCUGUGUAUGAGCUGCAAUGAUAUUCCUCUCUUUCUUUGUCCUGCUACUUAGAUGUUGACCUCAAGGAUGUAUAAUUUUGCUGACAAAUGGCAUUGUUGAUUUAUUA